AUGCUGGCCAACUUUUGUUCCAAUGACACAGCCAACAGCAGUUACAUAGUCGACCGGAUGUCCCUCUUGGACUCUUUCUCUUCUAGAUCAGCCUCCAUUGACUUCUACAAUGAUACCUUCAAUAACAUCUAUGGCCUCUUCCUCUGCAGAGGCGAUGUUAAUACCUCUACCUGCCAGAACUGUGUCCCUGGUGCCAAGGAAGAUAUUUUCAGG